GUCCACCUAGUGGACUGUCUGCUUCUGCCGCCUCCGAUUGGUUGGAGCUGUAAGAGCGAGACGGAGGCAGGUGCCAGUCUCCUUCUCGCUUGUAGAAUUCCAGCCAAUUACAGGCGGCCGAAAUGGACAGUCCAGUAGGUAGGCUCUCUCAGAAUACCCCCUUCUAAUGAUUGCAGAAUAAGAUGACAAAAAUUCCUGCCAGUAAAAUUUUCUUCCUGAAGCAUUUCUAGAACAUAGUUUACAGUGCAUGUUUUGUCUGGCCUUGAACUACUGCACUGUUGGAACAUGAUAUAGAUCAUUGCUCAGAACGAAUCGGAGGUAGAAAAAUUUGCUUACGGUGUUGGGUUUAACAUUUUGAAAAAAUGUGCUGUGAAUAGUACUUGUAUGUCAGUUUAUAUUGCUUUAUGUGCCAUAAAGCAUGGACUGACACCUUUGCCUUCAGCCGUUUUUGUGUUGUGCAGCCCAAUUUAUUAACCCCUCUGGUGUACAAAGAAAUUUAGCAGUGACUUGAAAAACUGUAGUUAGCAUCAAGAAGCUAAACUGUGUACAACAGCUAAAGCAUAGUUGGCACUAGGUAUGCCUGUCAUUUUGAUGUGUUUUCCGAUUCAUGUCAAGUUGCUCUUUUGCCGUACAUUGUGUGAAUUGCCAAUAUUUCUGAGGUAGGCUGUCUUUAGAGCUUACAGUGAAUUGCUCCUGGAACAUUCAAUUUUGUUUUAGUUUUAGCAAGUGUACGUAAACUGGGGUACACUUCACAUUAAUUUUCAUUAGCACAAUUCUGCUUUCACCGCAACUAUUGCAAACAUAGGGAGAGAUAAAUACAUAUAAAAAUAGUGAACUAGAGAUGCACGAUGCGUGAUGGGAGUUUCAGCGCAGAAGCAAUGAUAAACGUGUAAGACGUUUAAAGUUGCAGUUUUGCCCUGUAUGCUGAGCAGUGUUACUGACAGGUUGAGCAUUGUUAAGCAAUGCACAUCAAACACUUUUUGGAUCAUUUGUUGCAGUGGGCAAUAGUCACUGUAGCCUAACAUUGUUGCCUCGCAGUUCUUUUUAAGUCAGGCUUUGCGUACAGCCCAUCCACUGAAUGUGAUGGAGGUUACACACUUCUUCUUAAGUCAGGCUUUGCGUACAGCCCUUCCACUGAAUGCGAUGGAGGUUUGGUUAGACUGUUCCAAACGAGUCACAAAGCACAGUGUGGUAGGGCAUAUGUGGUCCACAGGUUUAUCUGGGUAUGUUCAUGAGCUUAAUGAAGGGGGACACUUAAAGAUUUCGGAGAUAGCCUUGUACUGUAGUGAUCGUUAUGUCCUGUGGCUGAAAUUGAAAGCAACUAAGAGUGGGGUGCAGUUCUCUCAUCUGAUGGAAGCUUAUUUUUGUGCAAGCUGCUGAGUGCAAACUAAUGCCCAUAGCGUGUGUAUAUCGGUGACGUGUUGGCAAUGCAGUCACUUGGCGUACACCUUUUUUUAGAGGAAAAGUUUGCAAGUGGCUAUGCUGGCCUCAUGGCAUUCUUCAGUGUUGGCGUGGUAUGUUUAUACAGCAGCCUCUGCUUAAAUAGAACUCGAAGAGACAGAGAAAAAUGUUCCAUUCAACUGAAGUUUAAUUUAGACGAAAGACAGAAAAAUGAUUACCCAUUAUCUAAAGUGAAAGGUUCUAAUGAUUUAAUUUUGCUGUAGGGAAAGAAAAACUUCAUUGUGUAGUGCUUUGAGUGACGCAGCUCAUUUUGCACAAGGCAUGUGUUCAUGUGCAAACACUUUUCCAUGAGUUCUGCACAGCCGUCACAUUCAAAUUAGUGCAGCAGACUUGCACCUGCACCUUGUCUUAGUCUGGCCCAAAACAGUAAUGCACAUUGGAAUGGUAAUAACUAUGUCAUCAUUAGCUAGCAUGAUGAUCUUUGCCACAAGAUUCAGCGAAUACGUUGUUAUGGAGCGAUCAGGAGUGGCGCAACAGAUAAUAAGUGAUCCCCUCAUUCUUCACGUUCGAUCAAACCAGUCACUCAUAUUUCAAUGGCAUGAAGAAAGCAUUAGUGGCAAACGUGACUGUUAAGUAAUAUGCCACCUGUCAUGCCAUGUUCCUCUUGAGGAAUAACUUUUUGCCUAUGCAUGAAGGAAGAAAUAAACUGGGCAACCUGAACAUCCAAGAGCAGCCAUUGAUGCGGCAUGCAACAGCGCAAAUGCCUGUUAGACUUCAUUUUUCUUAACUAUUUGGCAUCGCUGUCUGGCAUGGUGGUCAAAUUGCUUCCGCUUUGUAUGCAGUGUCAUUGCCGAUGGGUAGGGGGUAAUUGAAGUACCAGUUCUGAUUAAACGGAGCUUGCAAAAAGAAGCUUUUUGUUUAAACAAAGUUUAUCAUUGUUCCUGUGGAUAACCAACCAACAUUGGUCCCCUUGUUCCAUUUAUUCAGCAUUUCUGCUUAAAUGAGCGCUGUUUAUCUGGAGUCCACUGUAUCUACCACAAAGCUACGAGACAAUGACCUACAGCGGGAACACAACUGCCACGAUUGCAUGGAAAGUCUCCGUAAUGGCGACUUACGUAAUACAGGCCCAGUAUAUUAAGUUUCCUUUGUUCACCUUCGUUUUUAUAUUGGUGCUUUAGCGUCCAUCACGAUUAAAGACCACCUGCUAGAUGACUGAGACACUAGCCCUGCAAUGGAUGGCUGCGUCGGUGUGAUAUCGUUAGAAAAAGAUACAAGACUGCAGCCAUGUUUCAGUAGACUUUCCUUCAUCUCCUUAUUUGCAUCUUUCCUUCCAGCGCAUGAUACGGGCUUUUUGGAUAACCCCUGCCUGCCAGAAUUGACAGUGGCGGCUGGAGUGGCAGCGACUGCUACCAGGCCAUGCCCCGACCCAUUGCACUCGACGGCGGCGGCGCCACUUGGAGAAGCUAGGCACGUAGGGGAUGAACCGGCAGGGUCACAACAUAGCGGCCGCUGCUACAAGUGCCCGUUCUGCGGCAAGUUGUUUGAGAAACGGUGGUUCCUGCAGCGGCACGUUCGCAUCCAUACGGGUGACAAGCCCUUCCGGUGCCAAAUCUGCCCGGCGGCCUUCAACCAAAAGAGCAAUUUGGUGGUGCACACGCGGCGCCACACUGGCGAGAAGCGCUACCUCUGCCACUUGUGCCCGAUGGCCUUUUCUUGGUGGAGCUCAUUUGCAAAGCACUUGCAAAAGCACGGCGUGCAGGCGUCACCUCAGUUGAGGAAACGAACACCACUGGCGAAGCAGUGUUCAGACCACAAGCCUGAGUCUAACAUAUCGGCAGCAACGAGGCCUUCUAAGACCUUCUUGAAUGACAAAACGGACACAAGCUGCCACAAAAACGGUCACAACGAUGUCUACUGUAUCAUUGAGAAGGACAGCUACACGCAGCCACUCAGGUUCAGGUCGGACCUGGUGUUCGUCUCUCUCUCUCUCACCUUCAUCGACCGGCAGAGCUAUUUCCCGCCAUCUGUACCACAGAGUGCACCACCACCAGAGAUGCCUGAUGACUCUAAGUUCGACAACUUCAGUCAAGGCGACCAUCACCAGCAGGCCAGCUCUUUCGUGCCUGCGGACAAAGGCAACGGCUUGAUUCAGUACCGGUGUCUGCGGUGUCCUUACGUGACCACCCGGAGAGGCAACAUUCGUCUGCACCAAGUGACACAUUCGGACCAGCACCCGUUCCUCUGCCCGCUGUGCUUCAGGGCCUUCAAGCUACAUGAUGCGGCCUUUUCGGAUAGCUUCGGCCAACCAAAUGUGACAAGGGAGACUGGAGUGUCAGCGAAUGCCGCCAGGCCACGCCUCUCCCCAGCGCACCUUCGAGCAACUGCGGCGGCGCUUGGAGAAGCGCGACGCAUGUCGUCUGCAUCGACGGGGUCGCAGCUUAGCGGUGACCGCUACAAGUGCCCCUUCUGCAGCAAAGCGUUUGCGCAUCAGUGGCACCUGGGGCGUCACGUGCGCAUUCACACAGGUGACCGGCCUUUCCGGUGCCACAUCUGCCCGAUGGCCUUCAACCAGAAGAGCACGCUCAUGGGGCACCUGCGCCGCCACACGGGUGACAAGCCAUACCAGUGCCCCUUGUGCCGUAUGGUCUUCUCCUGGAAGAGCGCGCUUGUAAAGCACCUGCAGCAGCACGGCGCGAUGACAACGUUGCCUGUGCCUUAUUUUUGCUUGCCCUCGUUUUGUGAGCUGUCUCUAUAUGUAAGAAUCGGUACACAGCAGGUAGCGCGGCCUAUGCCUUCCUUCCCGUCCUGCCUUGUUGCUUCAUUCCUGCACAACACUUUUGUCUCACUGCUUGUUCUCACUCGUGACAUGUUUCCAAGAACAUUGUGUGCGCGCCCUCAUACCUUGUUUUUCUUGGCUGCUGCAGAACUGAGCCCUGGAAAUGCAGGAAUCGCAGAAUGUUCCACCUGGCCAGAAGUGUCGGCUGACCCACCUAACAUGCCACUGGCUGCUCGUGGGCGCCCCGCAGGUGUUGCGAACCAGCCACGCAUUCUGGUGCCAGAUGCAGGCAUCAUCAACAUCAACAUCAGGCCUUACAAGUGUCCGCACUGUGACAAGGGCUUUGCGGACCAGUGGCACCUGCGAAGGCACGUGCGGAUCCACACGGGUGAUCGGCCUUUUGCGUGCCCUUUCUGCCCAAUGGCCUUCAACCAGAAGAACACCCUCAUCGGUCACAUGCGGCGCCACACGGGUGAUAAGCCCUACCGCUGCCAGUUCUGCCGCAUGGCCUUCUCCUGGAAGAGCACCUUUGCCAAGCACGUUCAGCAGCAUGGCUCCGAGCACCUGCCGCUCCCAAUUAACUGACGGCUUUUGAAGGGCUUCAGCUAAGCCUUCUUGCUGUUCAGUGCUUCAUUCGUGAUGAUGAAAGGCUUUGUGAACAACAACUGCGCUAGCUUCCCGUCGCUGUGCCCGACGAAUCUCGGCCUCUCACCAUCAUCUGCGUGCAUGUGACAGUGAACAAGUUAACAUCCAGCCACAUAGUUUAGGAUGUCUUGUGCUCUACAUCUAAUGGCAGCCCAUAACAUUCUCUGAGGUAGAUCUCUCGGAUGCUGCGGUGCUUUAACUGUUACAGAGGCUUUGAGGCAUCUGCACAACCUUUUCAUAGUGACACGCCUAUCAAACCUUGGGGAGUAUUCAACUGUUGCGAGCGUGUGACAACAAACAGUUAUAUGUGGAGUGGCAUGGUUCCUGACACGUCACACUUGCCAGCAACUGAUGAGUAGCUAUCAGCUGGAGGAGUCCGGCUACCUCUUUGUGCGCUCCAGCCACAACCAGGAAUUUGCACAUGUAUAGUAUGUACGCAUUGAUAUUUUUUUCAUUGUGUCCUACAAAAAAGUCCUUUGUAAGAAAUUUUUUUUCUAGCUGCCUAAUAACUGGCAUUAAACAGGAAACCAGCUUCAAGCACUGUGAUGUUGUAAACAUGACUGAGCAGCAGGCAAAGAGUGGCAGUACUUGCAGUAACGGAAAAUAGGCCUUGCCUUCAUUUUGUCUGCGUUAUGUUGUGCUGUGUUUACCAAGUUACUGAAGAAAGAACAAGCUGUUUUGCAUUAGUUUUUUUGCUGCAACAUGUUCCUGAAGCAGUUACAGCAAACAAAUCAAGCAGCUUACACACAUAAGAGUGGGGCAAGCAAGUAGCUUUUGCUGUACUCUUGCUUACAUGGAAAUUCAAUAUAGUCUCCCUCACGUAAGAACAGAGAGAGAUUGACAUGUAGAGCACAUACUAUUUGCCGUGUUUACGAAUGUGUUAGUCCUUGCUGGUAGACUUGCAACAUCCCUGGAGUUGAUUCAUUAUUAAUUUCAGCACAGCUGGAAGGCAUAGGACGGAAACAAAGUGAACACACCAGCGCUCUGUGCAUUCACUUCGUUUCUGUUCUUUGCCUUCGUGUGUUGUGCUUCAGUUCAUAUAAUGAAUCCAGGCCAACUAGCCCGGCUUUAAGUUCUUAUCUCUGCUGUGCCUAAAUUGACAAACGUGCUACCUUUCCGCACAAACUCAGUUACCUGCGCGUGGAAGUUGAUUGCCAGCAAGAGUGGUUGUAGGUCACCAGCAGUUGGUAGCUCUGUUGUUCUCAUCUUUUGACUACAUUUUUUUUUUUGUGUGUAUGAAUUGCAACUGCACAUUCACAAGCAGUCAACGUGUGGCAAGGCCUCCCAGUAGCCGUGGCUGCAUCCAGAUGUGUCCUGAAGUAGAGGGCACCUGAAAGUAGCAUUUAUAAAUUUUUACUCAUUGAUGGCAUUUACACGCAAACAUUGCCCAGUACUGCAAUGCUUGCAGUGUGCAUUGCUAAAAAGACUGCUGCCCUCUGGAAAACGGGACGUUUAUGCAUCUGCCACCAGUAGGGACAUCAGGCAGUGUCAAACUCAUUGCUGUUGAUACAUAGUACACUAUCAGUGGCCUUGGGAAACAUCUGUUAAACCAAAUGUAGUGAACUGACCUUAAUAAUAAAAAAAAGCAACCUCAGGGGGGCAUUGAUUGUAACUAACUGAUAGUGUGGCCACUUCAAACACACUAUGUUUACUGACCCUGUUCACACCUUGCUGUGCACAGCUGCCAUCUGUGCAGUUCACUUAGCUAUGAAGAAAAAAUAAAUGCGGGUUGAGAAAAUCAGUUAAUCUGUCCUCGUGCUGAAUUCUGCUGACUGUCUAUAUAUCAUUCUCAGGAAAAAAGUAUGUCUUGCUGUUGACCUGAUGUACUGCACACCUUUUUCAAACGCACUUCACAUAUGAUGCCUAUUGUAUGUAUACACCAAUGAAUGUGGCUUUACUUGCUUUGGAAAGUGGGAAGACACAUGUGUGAUAGUUCAGCUUUACAUUAUACUCGCACUCUUUAUCUUUUGAAACCUGUUUUCAUCAUCCAACUGCAUUCUUUCAGGUUGUAUAGGUUUUUAAGAUAUUAUUUUAUUCAGCAGAUGCGUGUGCUACCUAUUAAUUGACAGCAGCACAUCAUGUGUUGACAAAAUCUGGAUGCACUUUAAUCACUGCAACAACCUGCUGCAUUAAGUCAGUCAGCAUGUCAGUACUGACUGACUUGUCACAAGGUCAUUGCAUCGUGUCUAUAGUGGCCACAUUCGAGUGGGGGCAGCAAAAGAAGAAAGCUUAAUGUUGUUGUGAAAAAUCUGUAGAUCGUUUGAAUCGACUCAAAGGCCCCCGCUCAGUGUUCCUUGUAGACUGAAGUGCAGCGGUCUUUUGUUCAACCUCGUCGGAGAUUGUUGAUUGACUUCAACAGAAUUGCAUUUGCUGGUUUUACUUUGCACACAUUUUUUACACAUUCCUUUUGUUUCCUUGUAACAUGCAUUUUUAUUGUGUUGACAUGAUUAUGUAUGCACCACAGGGUGUCAUCGUCAUGCCAGUAUACAUACAUUAAAAAAUAUUUAAUCUUAAUUUAAUGCAUUUAGUCUUAUCUCCAGUCAGGAGCUUUUAAAAAGCCCACCUUAUUAAAGCUUCCUUAGCAGGAAGUUAUGUUCCUGUUGAUUCCUAUUUUAUGACAGUGGUGUGUGUAAGAGCACUGCAACUAGACUUUCAGUCAUCAGCCUUUUAUUGUACACUCAAGACAAGCUUGUGAGAUACUGUUGCAUAGAGGAACAUUUACAUAUAUUGAUAUAUUCAUCAUUAUGCAUCUCAAGCGUUGCAAACAUUUUGUGAUUGCACAGGUCGGCAUUGCUAAAUGAUUAACAUAUGUAGAUGGCACAUUCCAUUGACAAUGGCUCCAGCUCUUCUGCAGCCUUUGCAACAUUUUGUUGUACAGUUGAGUUUAUGAUGCUACUACAUGAGACGAAAAGAAUUUGUAUAAAUAGCAUUGUGAGCUCCAUAUUGUUUAUGGCACGAGGGGUGCUGAAGUCUGCACUGGCAGGAGCACGUGUGCUAUGCUUUUUCUUGCAUUUUUUUCAUUGUGGUAUUGUCAUGACCAUGAAAACAAGCUGGUGUUUUUCAUGCAUUGCGACAUGCAGACUUGCUGUUUAGAAUUCAUUUAUGCUAGGCUGUUUCCUUUACUCUUGUGUCUGCACACUGUUUCAAAACCAUUACCAGCAUCACUCAGAUGAGUGGCAUUGCAUUUCUUUAUGGAAAUGCCUAUUGUCAUGUAAGGUUUCAUUCUGCCUGGUUAGCUUUAGACAGGUGUACCUGUUAAGCCUAGGGCCACCCUUAUGACAGUGGGAAACAUGCAUAUUCUGACUUGGGGUAACUUCUUUGGACUGCACCUUUUGGCACUAAGUACGGUUCACUUAUCUUGGUCUGCACACUGUUUGCACAAUGUCUGCACACUGUUUCAAAACCAUUACCAGCAUCACUCAGAUGAGUGGCGUUGCAUUUCUUUAUGGAAAUGCCUAUUGUCAUGUAAGGUUUCAUUCUGCCUGGUUAGCUUUAGACAGGUGUACCUGUUAAGCCUAGGGCCACCCUUAUGACAGUGGGAAACAUGCAUAUUCUGACUUGGGGUAACUUCUUUGGACUGCACCUUUUGGCACUAAGUACGGUUCACUUAUCUUGGUCUCAUUCUCCCCCAUUCCGCUGCCAUGUGUGGGGUAUCAAACCGGUUGUGCUAAACUGGUUAACCUCCCUGCCACUCUUUCCUUCCUUGGAUUGUGUAUUUCAUUUGAGGACUAGUCUUGGUGCAACAUGUCCGUCUGCUGAUGUCUGCGACGUGCAAUUUGGAAUUCAGAAGCAUUUGUAUUGUUCGAUAUUACACUUAGAUGACAAUGUCGGCUCGUUUGAUAAUGUUAACUCGCAAUCACUCAGCCCUGCUUAUCACUACCAAUUCCUCUGGUGUAGUUGUUUUUUUCUAGUUUGAUAAUUGGUGCUUGUUGUCAGUGUUCAAUUUUGACACCGAAAGUCUGUGAAUAAAACUCAUUUAUGA